AUGACCGAUUAGAAAUAUAAAAUAUAUGUAAACUUAAAACCAGGAGCUCAAGAAUUUAUUACAGCAAGCAUUAGUGAAUAUCUUUCAUUAAUAAAAAGAAAUUUAGAUUCAGUGAUAUUAAUAGAUGUAUAACAUUUAUUAGACUCUUAAGAAUUCUGUUAAUUCCUUCAAAUUUUAACCGAUGAAUGCUGUGCAUAUUUUAAACUAUUUUGAAGAUAAAACAGAUUAAGAAUUAAUACUAAUGAUUCCAUUUUUAAAACUUCUCUCUUAAGUAUAAUAUAAAAUUCAAAAUAGUUUCAAGAUGGCUAUUUAAAUAUACACAUUUUGAUAAGUUUGAGUAUGUAGAUUUGGUUGGCACCAAGGAAUAAUUUUCAGACUUUCCUACAAGUUCUGAUACGUAAAGAGAUAAAUCACUAAGUCCAACUGAUACACCAAAAUUAGAAGAAUCAAAAAUACUUAUAAAAUUAGGCAAUUUAAAUUUAAAGGAUAAACAAUUAAAACAAGAAGAAAUAAAUGAUUCAAUAUAAGCUAAUAAAUGUCAGAAACUCCAAAUUUAAGCGAAAAAAGAAAAUAAAAGGGAACCGUUUAAAGGGAUAAUUUAAAUAUCAAUUCGACAAAGUCAGAUGGGAAAUAGAUGUUGUUUCCAUAAAAAUAAUGAAAAAUUAAUAAUAAUUCAAUAGAAAUUUAAGGAUAAAAGUUAAAAUAAUAUUUUGUAUAUAUUUUUAAAUUAAAUUACUAAAAAGAUAAAAUCAGAUAUAUGAAUUAAUUUUAAUUUCUGUUUGA